CUCUUUUCUUCCUCUAUCAAGUCAAACAACCAAAACAUGCCAGCUACAUUUCAAUCGAAACCGUAUGGCAAAAAAAGUGCACUCGAUCCCCUGGCUGCCAAAGUAAAAAAGCGACCGUUCAUAUUGUUUGGACUUCCAUUCAUUGCAAUCAUUGUUGGCGGAUCGUUCGGUCUUUCGCAACUUACUCAAACUCGUUAUGACCACAGAGAUAUGCGACAUAGAAAGGUUGCCAAGGAAGAAGCGUUGGGCAUGGAUCAAAAUCGACGUAAAUUAAGUUUACAGGAAGAAUAUUGGCGAUUACAAGCCAAGACGGAGGAGGACUGGGACCAAGUACGCAUUGACCGACCUGAAGGUGUCGAGUAAAAGAAAGACAAGGAAAAACAACUGUGCAUAAUAGACUACGUUUUUUGCUGCUGGAUGGCAAGAGGGGUUUUUUUGCCACGCCAAUGAUAUAGUGUACGACCUAGCAUACUAUACAUCUGAACAUACUACUUUAAAUAAACAUUAAUGCCUAUAGAGGUGGAAGUAUUAUACCACA